AUGGCAGUAAGAGCAAUAGUGGUGGGCGGGACGAAUGGCAUCGGCUAUGGGAUGGCCUGUCGUGUCGCCGCCGAAAUCAAACCCGCAACUGUUAUCAUUAGUGGACGUACAAAGCCUCAGAAUAUCCCGCAUGCUAAUAUAGAAUUCCGCCGACUAGAUGCGACGUCAAUGCGCUCGAUAAAACAGUAUACGGACAAUUUCAAAUCCGAGCCGGAUGGAAACCUUGACUUCCUGAUCAUGACCCAGGGCGUUAUGACAGUUGCUGGAAGGACAGAGACACCAGACGGGAUCGAUCGCAAGAUGGCGCUGCACUACUACGGCAAACAACUCCUGAUCCGUGAACUCAUUCCGGCGUUGAAGGAAGAUGCAAAAGUCAUCAUAGUAUUUGAUGGUAUCUAUGGUAACCCGGCCAAACUUGACUGGGAGGAUCUAGACCUGAAAAAGAACUUCAGUCUCGGCAAGUCAGCAAACCAUUGUAUGGUCAUGAAUGAUGCCAUGGUCCAAUUUUAUGCUGCUGAACAGCAGCGGAAAGGGACCGGCGCCCGGCAUUUUGUGCAUGCUUGGCCAGGCGCUGUCAACUCGAGUCUUUUCAGAGAAUUGCCUUGGUAUCUACAGCCCGUGCUGCGAGUUGCAGGCGGCCUCAUUGGUAUCUCAGUAGAUACCUGUGCAGAACAAUUGCUAGGCGGUGUUUCAAAGUGCACAGCAGCAGGUCAAGUUGAGGAGAGGUUUUGGAGCAACAUCGAUAAUAAAGGGCGGCUGGUCGCAAAGAAGACCAUUUGGACAGAGGAACAGAUGAAGAAAAUCGCAGACCACACGUGGGGUCUUGUCGAUAGGGCAAUUGAAAGUAGCCCUGAAUGA